GCAUGACGCAUUCAGGACUGCACAUGACCACAGAGCGCUGCAGCAAAACAACUCUGACCAGUGCAAUUCGCAAGCCAUUUCAAGCUUCUGUCUUAGCCAAUGCCGAUUCAAGCGUAAAAAGACAAAUUUAAUGAUAUGUUAUAGUUGACCUGCGGUCGGAGAGCAGCACAGAGGCGAGCAGGGUGCGCAUUCGGCUUCAGCGGCAAGCGGAAGCUUCAGCGCGGCCCUUGGCGAGCGCCACUGGUGUGCCGGCGAUGCGACAAUGGAGUUCGAUCGGGAAAACCCGUCGCCGCUGGCACGCCUGCCGGGACAAGAACAGGCGUGGAACGACCUGUCCGUGCCAGAGGUGGAGCGGGCCUACUUGGAGCAGCUGGCCGGCGUAGAGCGGCUGGAGGAUGCCACGUCGCUGCAACUGGUCGUGAACUCGGCCACAGGCGGCAGCAUUGCGCAUCUGGGCACGUCGCUGCCCAGCCUGCAUGAGCUGAACCUCAACGGCAGCACGCUGGCCUCGCUGCGCGACCUUGGCACCGGCUUCCGAAUGCUGCAGGUGCUGUGGGUGUCGCGCUGCGGCCUGCGCAGCCUGGACGGCCUGAACGGCCUCACGGCGUUGCGGGAGCUUUACGCCGCCUACAAUGAUAUCGCGGAUUUGCAGCCGGUGGACUGCUGCCCGCAGCUCGAAGUGCUGGACGUGGAGUGCAACUGCGUGCAGCACGUGGAUGACGCGGCGCACUACCUCGCCGCGUGCCCGCACCUGCAGACGCUCAGCAUGGCGGGCAACCCCGCAGCUGGUGAGCCCCACUACCUCCAGGCGCUGUGCGGGGCGCUGCCGGCGCUCGCGACGCUUGACGAUGAGCCUGUGACGCCAGCAGACCGCGGGCCGGCCGGGGCGUCGCCGCACAAGUACCAGGACGGGACAGCCGGCGGCAGCCCUUAUAACCAGGGCGCAGCAGCGUUUCCAGCGCCGCCACUCAAGGCGGCGGCGACGUCACUGUCUCACAAGCCUUCUACAGUAGCGGCAGCCGCGCUCGGGCUGCCCGAGGACGCGGCCGCGGCCGCCUCUUCCUCUGGCGCCGCCGCUCCCUCGGGCCCGCUGGAUGCGGAGGAGGUGGCACUGGUGGUGGCGGGCAUCAAGCACGCGCGGGUGGGCGUGGAUUCGCACGAGUUCCGCGAGAUAGAGAUGAACCUACUGGUGGCGGCGGCGGACGGAACCGACGUGCAGCUGGAGGGGCGGCCGGGCACCGCCACUCUGCUGCCCUCCUCCACCAGCACCUGGAUGCGAACGCUACGCAGCAGCCGGGAGGGCAGCCUGGCCAUCCUACGUGCUUCGCAUGCUGCUGCGGCCACGGGCGCCGCCACCGCGGCAGCUGCCGGCAGCUCGCACUCGCCAUCAGCCAGCAGCGGUGCCAGCCCGGCGGGCAGCCGGCCGCCCAGCGGGCGUACCUCGGCGCCUCAGGAGCGCUGGGCUAUGCCCUCUGCUGCAGGCGUGGGAUUCAGUGUCAGCUCUCCUGGUCCCGGCUUGCCACCCAGUGGCCUGCGGCGGCCAGGGAGCGGGGGCGGCGGCGCAGGGGGAGGUGGCGGGGGUGCUGGUCCAGGGUUCGGGGAGAGCCCCAGCUUGCGGCGGCCAGGCAGCGGCGAGGCGCGGCCCGGCACGUCCACGAGUCGGCCCUUUAGCGCGCGGCCGGGCACUGCGGCGUCCUUUUCGGUGCGGAUAGGCACGUCCCAGAGCACCGGGGCGGCGCCAGGCACAUCAAGCUCGCUAGGUCUGUACUGGGCGAAGAACCGGAUAGGAGGCGGCGCCAGCGGGGGGGGCGGUGCUGCGGGCGGCGGCGACGGAGCAGCGGGCGGUGGUGGCGGCGCCGCGGGGGCCGGUACCUCUGAUGGCGAUGGGCCUGCAGGCAGCAAACUGACGCAGGGCACGGAGGCCGCGUUUGGAGGCAGCUUAGCCCGCGACCUGCGGAAGUGGAAAGGCGCGGCGGCAAGGGCAGGCGGCACGGCCGGGGGCGCCGGCGGGCGCACGGCAGGCGGUGCUGCAGGCGGCAGCGCUGCGUCGGCGCUAAGCGCCAGCGGGGGUAACGGCCUCUCCAUGGCUCUGAUGCGGGGCGGCCAGCUCGACCCGAAGGCGCUGCUGGAGGAACUGAAGCGUUGGAAGCUGGAGACUGCGGACCGGGUGUUAUUUGUUGAUCCGGAUGAAGCUGACGGCGCUGCCGGCGACGCGGGGUGGGCGGGCGCGGACGGGAACGGCAAUGGGAACGGCCUGGCGGCGGCGAGCGUCUCCUCGAGUGGCCGCGGUGCGGGGCACGCGGACAUCCUGCGCCUCAGCAGCAGCCAGGACGGCGCCGGCCAUGACCCUGCGCUGCUGGGUCCGGAGCCUGCCUCCUCGCCGGCGGUGCCCAGUAGCCCGCUGCAGCCGGCGCGGCCGCCGCCGGGCGCAGCCGCCGCCGGCCGGCGCAAGAUGGUGCUGGCAAAGGUGUGUCGGGACAUCGCGGCCGACAGCGUGGGCAGCAGCGGCGCAAGCAUCAGCGAGAUCCUCGCGAGCCGGCCCGUGCGGACGCCCACCGGCGCAGGGGCUGGGCCCAGCACGGCGUGGGGCGAGCCGCACACGCCUGAGCGGGCGUCCGCCCCCGCCUCGCAGCACCACAGCCAUGCCCACCACCACAACUCCGGCAGCGGGGUCGGUGGCGGCCCUCCGCGGCCUGGCUCAGCUCGGUCUGGGUGCUCCUCUUCAGGGCAGUCGGAUCACGGGCUCGGCGCUGGCGUUGGUGCCGCAGGCGGCGGCAACAGCUUUGCUGCGCCGGCGUAUCUCAGCCGGCCAGGCUCCCGAGAGGAGUCAGCAAGCUCCGUCGCGGCAGGUGGGCUUCCGUCCAAUCCGUCGCUCACGCGGCAGCGCUCAGCGAGCAGCCGUGCACCGGGCCUGCCACCGGGCCCUUCGGCGCCCACGCCAGGCGCAUAUCGAGUAACGUCAGUAGCUGGCGAGGUGGAUGUGCGGUUAUCCAACCCGCACCCUGUUACACGCUUGGAUGAGGGCUAAUCGCUUGCGUGGGAGUUGCUGCAGCCCCAGUGUGUGUGUGUGGGGGGGGGGGGGGGGGCAUGGGGCCGAGUGCGGAGGGCAGGGUUCGCGGAGGUCACUGGAUUUGCAUAGGCUGACGUGGUGGGGGUGUGAUUUUACAGUGGUGUCUAUGUAUGCACGUUGAUGGACUUAGCGACCGAACAUGUGCCAGGUCUGGGGAGAUACCCGGAGGCAAAGUUCCCAUGCAAGCCACUGUGGCCGUAGAACAGACCUGCGACUUUGCAGUGCAACUAUUAGCAUCAUGGAGCAUGAUGGAUGUAGUGGCAGCGAUGGAUGCGGCUCUUGCGACAGGGGCGGAUCGGCGCAUCGUUGACUCUGAGGCGGCAGGAAGCAGCGACGACAUGGUGAAUGUGGAGUGUUUCUUCGACUGAGAGGCAAGGAAAGGGCGUGUGCAAAUGUACAUAUCGGCAAGCGCGCAUCAGGCCGCGGGCUAGGUGGACUCGUACACGUACGAGCCUUCGUACCUCACGGCUUCUCUUGCGUAUGGCGUCGUGCUGACGUGGGUGCAGGUGUGUGCGACUUCGGGCCUUCUGCUGUUGAUGCCCAGCAUCGAGUCCCUUACAGGUGCCUACAGUAGGCUACAGUUGAGCACCUACAUCACUCAGUGUCCCUUAGCAACGCGUGUCACGAUGUCAGCACCCCGGUGA